UUUUAACGAAUGUGUCGUCUGGGUGAAGGCGGAGACGACGAGGCGCCCGGACUGUGAGAUGCGUCCUCCCCCGACUCUGCUGUGCUUCUUCUGCACGGAGGCUCUCUGGCGACCAGCUCGUCCAUGAGGACCACCGCGGAUCUAGAUGGACGAUCACGACUGACCGGGACACUGGAGUUAUUUUCUCUUGAGUCAUUGCUUUAAACUUAGCGACGAUGUCUGUCUCCACGGUAUUGGCAAAGGCCCUGUUUGACAACACAGCCGAGAGCCCGGAGGAGCUGGCUUUCCGGAAGGGUGACAUACUGAUGGUUCUUGAACAAGAGCAGGGUGGUGGCCCGGGCUGGUGGCUCUGCUCCCUGCAUGGCAGACAGGGCAUCGCCCCUGCGAACCGUCUUCGACUCCUCCAAACCGCCCCACCCCCAGGGUCAGACCCCCACCGUGGCCCCGUUGAGGACUCUGUCUACCUGUCUCCCGUCCCCCCGCUGAACCGGACUGCAGUCAGCGGGAGUGCAGAGGACAUGGAUGGAGUGUAUCGCUCCCCGCCAGGUGUUGGUGAGGUGCGAGGAGCUGGUUUAAGGCCAGGGGAGCUCCGCAGAGUCGAGGACGGGCGCCCACGCUCGCACUCAAGCUCUGGCCUCCGGCCAAGACCUGACUGGGACUUAGAGGGGGCAGGGCGUCCACGCUCACCCUCUCUGAGAGGCCGAGGCACAGAAGUGACAGGAACACUUUAUCAGACUCCAGUAAGUCCCAUGCCUUCAGCAGCUCAGCACGCCAGACAACCAGGAGCUCCCACAGCUUCAGAGUCGGUGUACCUCGCACCCACUGGAGUUCCAAGGGCAGCUGAUGAACCAGAGGACACUACAUAUCUAAUUCCUAGAGAAACAACUGGACACUCGGACGACUGUUAUUUGGUGCCCAAAGGUACGCCUCUUGCAGAUGACGAUGUUUACCAAUCCCCAACAGGGGGGAUUGUGGGCAAUGCUGUGUGCUCUAAUGGCCUUAGUGUAACACCUGGUACCCCCCAGCUGAAAGUGAGCCAGGACACACCUGCGAUGUACCAAACACCUACCCCUGUGGGAGCAAACUUCCACAGGACUUCUGCCACAGCGUUGGCCCACCAGCACCCAUCUCAAUUAACCCCUAUCCAAGCAUCUCCCAGAGCUUCGCUCAAGGGAGGUUCACCCAGCCCCGCUGUUGCAAAGGGCAAACCCAGCCUGGCCUGUCACCGGGGGUCUCCUCUGCUGGUCCGAGCAGGGCAGGUCAGGGUUCCUGGUUCGCCGCUCUUUGCCCGUAAACCUCCUCCACCAGCUCCUCCGGUCAGGGGAGUAACCAGGAAAGAUUCGGCACCAUCAUCGGCUGAUUCUAACUCUGUAACUAAACCCGCUGCUCGGGUCUCUUCUGCGAGCCUGCAAGAGGAGGACAAACAGAGGGGGGGUCCUCAGAGUAAGGAGGACAGGACGAAUAAUGUCCUGGAGAAAAGCAACAACGCGCUGAACAAAAGAGGAGAUAAACCAGAUUACUCGGAUGAUGUGGAUGAGCAGGUGUACGACACCCCUCCCAGUGGCAGAUGGCAGCACCCUGUCCCAUCUUCCAUUGGUGAUGAUGAUGACGAUGAUAGCAUCUAUGACACCCCUCGCAGUCUCCCACCACAAACUGAUUCUGAGUCGGAGGUCUAUGAUGUCCCCACCAUCACUCUCAAUAUGUCCACAUCAGAUGUCCAGCCUGAAGAAGGCGAUGAAGACGUAUACAGUGUUCCUACACUGCCAGGGGUGCCUCUGGGCCCGGGGGAGUCCACCACCAGCCUCUCUGGCGAGGAUGUCGGACCGGCCUAUCGCGUCCUAGCAUCUGAGAAACGAGUUAGCAGUCACAACCGGGACUCCUCUGAACCCGACUGUGGCAUCUACGACAUGCCCGCGCUCACCGGCGAAGUGCUCCCUCACUCUUUGUCGUCCUCCUCCACCUCCACUCGCCGCCUCUCCGUUUCUAGCAACGGCUCAGGCGACGUGCAGUGGAGAGCCACACUCGCCGGCUUCGUCCACUCGGUGCUGAGCGCCGCCUCCGGCUCGGCCUCCGCUCUGUCGUCGCGCGACCUGGCCGCCUCGUUGGCCGAAAUCCUGUCGACGUGGAAAGCGUGCCAUUCGGACGACCCGCCGCCGACUCUUCAGCAGGCGUGGGCUCGUCUGUUGGACCUCCUGCCGGCGUUGUCCGCUAUCGGCAACGCGCCGCCGUCCGAAGGGCUGUUGACGCUGGUCCAGCGCUCCUUAGAGGAGAGCGCCCUCCUCCUGCAGGCUCAGGGCCGACCGCGCUUGCCUUCCCAAGACUCCCUGUCCCGCAGGCCGCUGCCCGCGCUCCCAGUGCCCGAUGGGAAACCCUCAGGUGGUGGGAUGGGCUCCCGUAAAGGAAGCUGGAUCCAAGAGCGGCCCCUGCCGCCGACCCCUCACCCCGCCUUCCCCAUGCCCCCCACUCUGUCGACGGUGACGCUGACCAUCGGCCCCGCUGACGGCGACGACGAUGACCCCAGCAACGAGUACGCGGGGAUUGGCUUGACCCCGAUCCCUGCCCCCGUACCGACUGGGGACAGCGUUGGCUAUGUCAAGCUGCAGGGUAAACCUGAGCCACUUCCUGAUAUUCUGAGUGAGAACGGACACAUACAAAACAUCAAUGCAGAUCCAACGUUGACCCCAUCCCCUCCGCUUCCUGUGUCCCUCUCCCUGGAGGACUCGGAGCUGCUGUCCUUUUACUCGUCUCAGAGCCUCGCUCACCUCUCCUGCCUGGCGGACGCCAUCGACGUGCUAUUCAGCAGCGUGCAGGGCAACCAGCCGCCUCGCAUCUUCGUAGCCAGGGGAAAGAGUCUCAUCGUGACGGCACACAAAUUGGUGUUCAUUGGGGACACGCUCUCCCGCCUUCUCACCUCCGCCGGCGUCCGGGCCAAGAUCACAACCUCAGGGGGACGACUCUGUCAGUCCUUGAAGUCGGUUGUCGUGGCAACGAAAGGCGCCGCACAAAACUACCCGUCGGUAUCCGCCACCCAGGACAUGGUGGACCGCGUCGCUGAGCUCUCCCAGCAGGCCGCCGGCUUCUCCACUCUGCUGCAGCGCCUGGCAGAAAUAUCUUCAUGAUAUUUCCAAAUCACUUGCUUAAAAACUUUGUUUACACUACACAUAUAUAUUUUCUCCUUUAAAAAAAAAAAAAUGCCUUAUUUGUUGUUAGACUCUUGCGUUCGAAUGGGAUCGGAGCAAGCGGCGGCGAAACCCUGGAAUCGGGUUUCGCCUCGCUGCAGCUGUUACUAGGAUGGGUUGUGAGUGUUGGUUCUGUCCUCCAAGUGUGUGUUGGCUUGCCUUUUUGUGCUUUGAUGCCAGGCACACUUGUCUUUUUGAGUGUUAACUUAUUGAAUAUUUAAAGCCCCUCCGUGGCUUUGAGCGUCCGCGCGGACUGUUUGUCUUAGGAACUUUGCUUUAUUAUGCUUGCCAUAUUUUCUUUCCCUCACAUGAUAGCCAUUUUCCUUCCUUCCUUCCCUUUUUAUUUAUUCAGCCAGCCAUCCCCCCUUGUUCCAAAAAUAGCCCAGAAGGAGGCCUAACAUCCUGGUUCUGUCCUACUUUCUACUGUUAACCUGAAAGGCCUUUUUGUGCUUAUUAUUCUGAAGCUGUUGACGCAGCAUAUCGAGUGUUUUGGGAUUAAUAUGGAUGGAGUUGUGGAGUAGGUAGUGUCCCCGACUUCCAUUCAUGAAUCUGCAAGUAUGUGUUGUGUUGUCCCCAUUUUCCACAAGAAAGCAAUCUGCAGUACAGCUUGUAAUCCAUUAGAAGAGAUAACGAGAAGCCUCUCGACGCAUGCAGGUGCACACGCCGCAUGAGGAAAAAAAAAAUCCUGUCUGACAGACAGUAUUCGAGAGUCGGUUAUGCUAGUUGGGGGAGGAUUGACCUAAUCCUGUUCUUUCCCACAGUCACAUGGUAUCCUGGCAGCGGAUAAGAAACCUUUUCCAAGCUCACCUGUCGCUACAUGUCUUGCAGAUGCAUGCAUACCUUUCUUUGACUUCUUUUGCUUUUCAUGUUCAUUUCCCACAAGAUGUUAAACCGCCCGUCAGCAGUGCUUACUCACUUUCAUGUCGAGUAGAAACUCGGGCCCGGUGUAAUGACGAUAUCGUUAAUUCAUAAUGUAAGCAGGUAAACGCAGUUCAGUUGACACUUGCCAUUUUACAAUAUAUAUAUAUAUAUAUAUACACUAGUUUUUGAUAAAAGGGGGGAACUUUGCAUCUUAAAUCCCACAAAACACCCAUUUCCUUUUUUCAGACUACCCUAAGAAAAUAGUAUUACAGUCUGACCUCAACCAUUUUUGUUUAUACAAGUUAUCAGAUUUUAUUUGUUGGUCUGUGGGCAAACGGCCCAUAAAACGUGUCAACACUACAAAGGUACUCUAAAAAGUUGGGGUUGGAAUACUGACAAAUUGCUCUCAUCGUUGGUCAUAUUUUUUAAUCAUGCAUUGUUAUUGGUGUUUUUUUUCCAGCUCAAAUUCAGUAUCAUGAGGGCAUCGCAUAAUUGUCUCACUUGUGUGGCUUUGGUUAAAUCAUUCUUUGAAGAAUACUUAAUUUUCCUGCUUUGACAUCUCUGCUGCUGCAGUGCCACCAUGUGGAGGUUUGAGGUGUUUCUUAAUGAAAGCCUGCUUGGCAAAACAAGCUCUACACUAGGACGAGAGCAUGAUUGGCAAGUAACCUUUAGCAGUAUAUUUAUUACUGUCAUUUGUUAUGUUAUUUGCUUUCCUGUUUGCAUGGCUUUAAUUUGCGUAUUUUUUUUAUAUAUAUGCACAUAGCUCGCCAUGGGGUGCUAUAUUACUGGGUAAUUUACGAAGAACAUUUUCUUUCUGAAAAAAUAUGCUGCCUUACACUUCAAAGAUGUGGCUGUUUUUUCUUUUGUACAAGGAAGUUUUCUACACUACGUGAACUCGUAUGAGUCUGUUAUCUGUAUUUGCUGAGGUAUAGAAGUGAAUCUUUGACUUUUCUCCCACAGUAAUACACCUCUUACAUUUAACACUACAUUUGAUGUUUGUCUUGUAUUCCUGUUCAGAAUGCACAAAUACAUCUUUUGUAAUUAAACAACUGUUUGGAUUAUUUAA